AUGGCCGCUGCUCACCCCCUUCCCGUGGGCACCCUACGCCCCCCACAGACCCCGCGUGACCUGGUCGCAACAGAGGGAGGUCCCGACACCCGCUACGACGGGGAUGAACCACGCCGGGCACGAUCGCGCGGGCACCCGGACGCGCACAGGCUGAGCAGCCCCAGGCUCGACCCCCGAGACUCCGGGAAUGCCUCCACCACCACGGGGUGCACGGGGAAUCCCCGGCCUGGCCUCGGGGGAUGGGCAGGCUUCGCCUCCGGAUAUCACCUCAGCCAGGCCUCCCCACAGCCUCCCACGGCCCCGCGCCGCCACGGGGACCCAGGUGCUGGUGGCUUCCAGACCACUUCAUGUGACACGGACUCCCUGACCGUGCCUAGCCGCAAACCACCCCCGCUCCCCGGCACGCUGGGGAGAACAGGGUCCCCCAGACCUCACCUCCACCCAGGCCCUCCGAGUGGAAGCAGGGUCUUUGCAGACACCGUCUGCAACGGUCUCAAGGCGAACGCGUUCUGGAUUCGGGGGGGCUCCGAGUCCGGACUGGGGAGGACGGCUUUCCACGGGGGCUCGCGCUUCACUGGGGGGCCAUCUACGGGCAGCCCUGGGCGUCUGUGCCGAGGCCGCCGGACUCACAACCUACUCACUCGUGUGCACGCGCGAGCACUGCCCUCCGGAGGAGCCCCCCCCCAGCAGCCCACUGCCAACCACCUGACCAGCUCCCGCACCGCGGCUGUGUGGGGGCGCGGGCCCUGGGGAUCCCAGCCGACGCGGGCUCCGGCCCCCACCGCGCAGGUGCCCUCCGACCCUGGCCAGGGCCUCCCCGAGCUCCUGAAGUCCCGGCAGCCCUGGGGAGGAAUGGGGCUCCCUUCCCAGACCCCCCGGCCCCACAACCUCAAGGUACAACGGGUACCUGUGUCUUACAGCGUGGAGACAGCAAAGGCCAAGGACGGGCCCGAGGGGGGCCCAGGGCCCGCCCAGACGCAGGGAGGAGACCCUGGCGGGAAGCCCACCCCUGGGGCAGAAGCCCUCCAUCCCUCCCACCCAGCCAGCUGCUGUACGAAGAAGAGCCCCAGCGCCCCGGAGGCGACGGCCCUGGCGCUCAAGCGCAGUGCCAGGCAGCUCUGGCCACUGGCCACCACCGACUCCAACUUUCAAAAACAAAAAUGGCUACCAGGGGCCCCCACCCACAGGAGGGACCAGACAGCCCGGGAGGAGCAGCUCUGCUCACCCCGGUGGCUAUAUAUGGGCACUUUCGGGUCCCUCCGUUCCCGCCUGCCCCCAGGCACAGGCCCGGCCCGGGUGUCCCUGCGGGAGAGCCCUGGGCUGGGCCCCCAGGCUCGGCAGGAGGAAAGCCCCACCUCGGCCUCGGACCUCGCCCCCUCACCCCACACAGCCCUGCGGGAGGCAGGUGACACCCAGGGAGCCCUGGGCCCACAGGGAACAUAUUUUGCAAAUGACCUCAUCUUGACUGAGAGCCUGGCCCGAGGGCCGGGACAGCCGCCCCUCCACGAGAGCAGCGGGGAUGGUGCCCGCUCCCAGCCUCUUCCCACCGGCACUGUGCGGCCCUGCGGCCCGCCGCAGCGGCUGGCAGGGCGGAGGCAGGGGUCCGUGGGCUCUCGCCGGAGGCUGCUCCGAGGCCGGGCCGGUCAGCGGAACGGAUGCGGGAACGGCUGCGCAGCUGGGGCGCAGGCCCUGCGGAUGGGCGCUGUGACCAGCCUCGGGGGCGGGGGCUUUCCUGUACCUCUAAACUACAGGGCGGCCUGCGGACCCCGCGCCGUGUCCUACUGCAGAUCUCCCACGCCGUCGCGCUUCCAAAGGCAGCUCGUGACGGAGCACAGACUGGGUGUCAGCCAGCACCGCCCGGGGCCCCCCGCAGGAGAGACAUGGCAGGUCCUCGGGCACUGGCCGGAGCCCAGCACCUACCCAGCCCGGGGUCUGGUGGUGCAGAGCAGAGCCACCAUCGCCCGUGGGGCUGCUUGCGGACCAGCCCUGGCUGCCUCGCCUCCGUGUCCCCACGAGCAGAGCUGGCCACCUCAACCCCUGCCCCUCCUGCCCCCUGUUAUUUCCCCCGUUGCUACUGUCCUGCAGUUGAACCGAGCCGGGAGAGGCCGGGCUGAACCCUGGGCUCGCUGCCCGGGUCCCACUGCUCCUGGGAAGCCUGGGCCGUGGGCGCCUCUGCCGGCACUGGCAGCUGUGGGUCCAACCAGCCAAGGGGCCGCCCCGCCCCGCCCCUCUGACGAGGGUGUGGUUCUGCAUGGCGGGGCCGUGGCCAGGCGCCUAGGGCUGCACCCGGCCACCCCGGGCUCCGCCUGGCCUGGGGUUUUACCUGGCACCGAGGACUGGCUACGUCCCUGCCACGUGCUUUCGCUCUGCCCUGGGCCUGCCACACGUUUGCCCACGGAGUCCUCACGAGCCCACGGCCCCAGCCAAGCUCGGCGAGGGCACGGGACAUCCCGGGGCUCCUGUCCUGGGGUACGGCUGGCUCCCCGGGGCGGGGGGACAUCUGCGGGAUCCUUGCCAGCCAAGUUGGGAGCCUUUCUGUGGAAGAAAGAGCGGGGUGAGUAG